AUUUUCAUGCGCAUUGAAACUAGGGGCGUUGAACAUCCGCCAUUUUUGUUAUCCCUUCAAAAAUUCUUUUGAAAGGGUUGUUCAACUACUGAAAAAUCAACGCCAUCUUAUGUCUACCAAAUAUUUAAAUUGAAUUGUCAGUCGAGGGCAACUAUUUGAGUGUUAAAUUUCGCCAUAUUUUCGCCCCGGGAUCAUAUAAACCGGGGCAUUUAAGUGUUUGUUUACACCUAUCUGCAAAGCGGAAGCGAACUACUGCAUCAAAAUGGGUACCAAAGAUGAUGAAUAUGAUUAUUUGUUUAAGGUUGUUUUGAUUGGUGAUUCUGGUGUGGGUAAAAGUAACUUAUUGUCAAGGUUCACACGCAAUGAAUUUAAUUUGGAAAGUAAAAGCACUAUUGGUGUUGAAUUUGCCACAAGGAGCAUACAAGUAGAUGGCAAAACAAUUAAAGCACAGAUUUGGGAUACUGCUGGUCAGGAAAGAUACAGGGCUAUUACAAGCGCGUAUUACAGAGGUGCUGUAGGGGCUCUACUAGUGUAUGACAUAGCUAAACAUCUCACUUAUGAAAAUGUUGAACGGUGGCUUCGGGAACUCCGUGAUCAUGCUGACCAAAAUAUUGUUAUCAUGCUGGUAGGAAAUAAAAGUGAUUUGAGACAUCUUCGAGCUGUACCAACAGAUGAAGCUAGAAAUUUUGCUGAAAGAAACAAUCUUUCGUUUAUUGAAACAUCAGCCCUAGAUUCAACAAAUGUUGAGUCAGCCUUCCAUAAUAUUUUGACUGAAAUCUACAAAAUAGUUUCCCAGAAACAGAUUCGUGACUCCCCUGAUGAUGACAACUCCCCCAGUUCCAAUGUGCAGACCAUCACAGUGGCACCUACUGACCUGAAAGGUCAGAGCAAGAAGCAGUGUUGUUCUUAAUGACUGUCUAGACAAUUAUUCACUUCUUUUCCUGGUUUACGCCCUUUUUGUUUAUUCCAAUUAUUCAUUAUUGAUAUUUAGAAACUGAUUUUUUUUUAUAACUUAGUAUAAAUAAAAUAUAUUUUCAUUGGAAAUGUAUCGAUUUUUUAAAAUUAUAUUUUUUUAAGUCAGGACACAAGAAGACCAUACCUUGAUAAUUCCUGAUAAGUUACUUGACUAAAUGUACACAAUUGUGCUAACAAAAUGGUCUAACCAGAAAUUACCCUUGGAGGAGCCAGUGAGGGGAGAGGAAAUUUUUUUUUUUUUUUUACUUAAUUUAUUCUUGAUAGUCUUGUAGAAGACUUGUAUAAAAGUGGAAUUCCUCAAAAAGGAGGAUAGCGACAUUUCUUGUACUACCUGAACCAUUAUUCCAUGGUUUAUCUGGCAGGUGUUGUUAUGGACAGGCAUGCGUUGAGUCAGUAUGUACUUGUGUGUAAACUAGCUCUUCAUUAUUACCAUUUUUAUCAUUUGACAUGAUUUAAGGAGAACUAUUUUAUGUUGUUUUUAGUUGUUUGUUUUUUUUAAUGACUAUUUAUAAAGAGUCAGUUCAUUGUCUUUUCAUGACCCCUUGUCCUUCAUUGAAAGUGGACUACAAAGAUUUGUAAAUGAUUGACUAUGUUGAACUGUUAAGUUUGUGUGGCCUGUCAAUAAUGAUCAUUAUUUGUAUAAAACUUCUGAUUAGUGUGUUGUUCUUUGCUGGGGAUCAGUUUAGAAUAACCUUGUCAAACACCUAACAAGAGUUGUAAGAAAUAAAAUCACUUUUAAUAAGAGAAAAGUAUGCAAGCCUUGACAGCAUCGUUUUGUUUAGGAUAUCAUUUGUACAAAACUGUAUAGCAUCAGAUGGCUAAUAUGAAAAAAGAAAUGUAAAUUUUUUGUUUGUUAUAAUCCUAAUUUGAAAAGUUGGGUAAAUUAAAAAGAAAUUUUCUUGAUAAUUCUGUGAUAUUGUCUGUUCACGUCUAUGUGUGGCCAGCGCAUACAACUGUGUUAAUGAACAAAUGAAUGACUCACUACUUAGGGCUAACCACACAUGAAACAAAAAAAAACAUUGAUGUGCAACUACAUUGCUCUUUUUUUUUUCUUAUUCAAUUUUUUCCCCCCUGUUUAUUUUGUAUUUAUGCCACUUCUGAAAUAGCUUAUCUUUUCAUUAAUCAGGCAUCAUUGCUCUUUAAAAUUGAUAAAUACAAUUAUCAGACAAAUUUGCCAGCAAUUAUCUUCUUUCUUUAUUACUGGAGAGAAAAUCUUAAGAAAUUUCUAUUCAACUUCUUUGACAGUGUAUUGCUGGACCUGUAUUGAAUUGGUCUUUCUUUCACUGUAUUGAAUAUAUGCUGCUUGUAUUGUGGAUAUGUCAUUUAUGGAACCAUACAUUUAAGUUUUAAAAAACAACUAAUCAUUGUCAUUCAACCAUGCUACAUUUUUUGUUGGGACCAAUGAAUGUUUAUUAGUUUUUGACCCAAUAAUUCUAUAGAAAUUGUCAUUUCAAAAACGAAUGACUGCUUUGAUAUAUAUGACCUUUUUUGUGUACAAAGUUUACUUUGUAUUGACUUAUGAUGCCACUAGUCUGUGACCUGGACUUGUAACUGCUGUUGUAUUAAUUGCACAACUAUCAGAAUAUAUUCAUUAUUGAUAGAGCAGGAUUACAUAAUUGGAUAAGUCCCCUUUAGUUGACUAUCAAUAUACUAUUUUAAAGAUACUCAAAUUAGCCUUCCCUCUUUGUAAACCUGCCAUUUAUUUUGAAAAGUGAAAACUGACUUGAGUUUAUAGACUUGUUAGCUCACCAGUUGGUGUCAGUUCUCUGGAGACUUUAAAUGUACACUAGUCUCCCACUACUUAUGAACUUUUCACAUUAUUUUGCUUGAGUCAUUGAAACUUAGUCCUCUGGCUUGGUAACACCGAUGAAUGUAGACUCACCAGGCCAGGGUGUGUGGACACUGCCACCCCUUGACAUUGAUAUAGAACUAUUGGGACUUACUGUGCAUAGCUAGAGAUGGACAUGAUGCAUUGUUUUUUAUAUGCACCUUACUCAGUGUAGUCUUUGCUUUCUACUAUUGCUGUGUGCUUUCAAGAUUAGAGCAGCCUUCAUUUGGAUUGGAAACAACACAAAAAUGUAAAAGAUACUAAGCCAUUUUUAUUGUUUUGAAUUUUUUGCAAUGACUGGCUCUUGUAUAAGUUUGAUGUGCUAUGUACCUACUAGUAAUUGUGUGUAUGACUGCCUGUUUGUUUUUGAUCUAUAACUGGUGUUGGUUAUAUUCACUGUAAUGUUGGUGCACAAAUUUUUACCACUAAUGGGGAUAUGCUAGGAAACAAACAGGGUUUCAUUCUAGAGUAAUUUACUCCUGUUUUCUCAAUCUCUAGUUGUCAUGUCAAGCAAUGUUGUUCCUUUUUUAAUGCUUGUUAUCCAAUCAUUUGUGCGAUAAAUGUCCAUAGGAUGAAAGUGAAUGUAACAUCUUGGAUGAAAUAAACAUUCAAUUGCAACAACU